AUGACGACUUUUUCCGUGAAUCACGCUGAAUACCAGGCCACCAAUGGAUAUUUCUGCUAUGCAUACGAUUCCUGCAGUGUCACUCUUGUCAAGGAUUAUCCCUGGUGGAAGGCCGAUCUCCAGAAAACCUAUUUCGUCUCAGCCCUCAUCGUGAAACCAAGAGACGACAACGUGGACUUCAAAGACGUCGAGAUACGAUUUGGGAAUUCGCCUACGAUCAGCCAGAACCCAAUAUUUAGCACCCACACAGGAGCGACACCUCCUGCCGGCACCGUCCUCAGUUUUGAGCCUCCGAAUCCCAUGGAAGGAAGGUACCUCUCCUUCCAGUCAACUACAACAACUGUCGCUAUUUCCAUAUGCGAGGUGCAGAUCAUUGAGGCUUAA